CUGACAGGCACGUGAGCGAUGCUGCUACGUCGUCUAGUUAGCAGUCGACAUGGCGGCCACAACUUCUCCCAAGGUGGUGUUUGAACAUGAGGGAGUCUUCAUUCACUCAUCUCAAGCUGAAUCUGAGGAUCAGGAUUUAAUAUCAGGGUUCCUCCAGAUUAUUGAUAAAAAUGGUGAAACCCUUGUGGAAUAUAAACCUUUGGAGGAUGCAGAUCCCUUGAACAUGCUGUGUGCCUGCAAGGACUCCAGCUCAGUGGUGGAAUGGACUCAGAGUUCAGAAGACAAUCCUCAUCGUCCUGUUGACCAUCAGGUCAGCUAUGAAACUGAAUGGGACAUGAUCAAUGCCGUGUCAUUUAAGAGGAAAGCCCACACCCAUGGAGAAGGAGGAUCAAACCACAUAAAUGACCGGACCAAGUGGGCCUUCUCCUUUAAUGUGUAUGACCUCAGGUCUAUCACAGUCAAAUCUGAGGGCUGGUCAUACCUCAUUUUCCGCUUGAAGGAUUGCACAGCACUACCAACCAUUCAUUUCCACCAGGGAGGAAGCACAGCAUUCCUGGAUAGCCUGAGGAAAUCAGUUCAGAUCAGCGAGAGUCCGGAUGAUGAAAAUAUCCUGAUCGUUAGCACCUAUAGCAAAGCUUUCUCGCAGUCCUUUGAAAAUCUUCUGGAUGAUACACACUAUGGAUUUGUACAGAAAUUCAAGAAAGAUCCCUACACUACGACACUGGGUGGCUUUUCCAAAGUCACUAACUACAUUUUUGAUGCGUUUCGGGGGCCUGAGUUAGAGUGUCACCAGCGGCCAGAGGAGGAGGUGGCAGACCUGUUGGGAGAACUUAUUCCCGGACUAGAGAUAAACCAACAGGAAGAGCCAGGAUUUGAAGUCAUCACAAGACUUGAUCUGGGACCUAGGCCAAUGGUGCAAAGGAAUGAGCCAGUUACAAUGGAAGAAUGGACAAAGUACCAGGACUCUGAGGGAAGAAUAAACAACAUACCUCACUUAAAGAAUCUUAUAUUUAAAGGGGGUCUUUGCCAUGCUGUGAGGAAAGAGGCCUGGAAGUUUUUGUUGGGUUAUUUUCCAUGGAACAGCACCCACGAAGAAAGGAAACUCCUCCAAAAGAGAAAAACGGAUGAAUACUUCAGAAUGAAGCUUCAGUGGAAGUCCAUCAGUGAGGAGCAGGAGAGGAGGAACUCUAGGUUACGAGAUUACAGAAGUCUCAUUGAAAAAGACGUCAACCGAACCGACCGAAAUAACAAGUUUUAUGAAGGACUGGACAACCCUGGUUUGAUAUUACUACACGACAUUCUGAUGACAUACUGCAUGUAUGACUUUGAUUUAGGGUAUGUACAGGGCAUGAGUGAUCUGCUGUCUCCAAUUCUCUUUGUCAUGGAGAAUGAAGUUGAUGCCUUCUGGUGCUUUAUUUUCUUCAUGGAUGAGAUGCACGAAAACUUUGAGGAGCAGAUGCAGGGGAUGAAGACCCAACUGAUCCAGCUCAGCACUUUGCUACGGCUGCUAGACCUGGCUUUCUGGAACUACCUAGAGGCACAGGAUUCUGGUUACUUAUAUUUCUGUUUUCGGUGGUUAUUGAUCCGAUUCAAGAGAGAACUACAUUUUCAAGAUGUCCUUCGCCUUUGGGAGGUCAUGUGGACUGGACUGCCUUGCCAAAACUUUCACCUUCUGGUGUGCUGUGCCAUUUUAGACUCAGAGAAGCAAAAAAUUAUGGACAGAAAAUAUGGAUUCAAUGAAAUCCUAAAGCACAUAAAUGAACUUUCCAUGAAACUAGACAUUGAAGAAAUUCUUUGCAAAUCUGAGUCCAUCUGUAUACAGAUAAAGAAUUGUAAGGACUUGCCUCAUUCAGUGAGUGAGAUACUGGGACUCAGCACAGUCCCUGAAACCUCUGGACCAUUAGAAACCAGUGAAUAUGGAAUACUUGAGUCACCUCAAACCUCACCACGAUCCACACACAGACAAGAUCAAGUCAUCUUCAAUGGCCACAGUCACUUAAAAGAAACAACACACAAUGGCAGCAAAGAAGCCUUUAAUUCCUAGUGUACAGCACCACAUGAUGUAUAGUACAGAUGUUUUUAAUCCCUGUAUCCCAGCAGGAUAAACGGUAUUGGAUAUCAUUGUAGAUAUCUGCUACCAAAUGGCAUAUUGUAAAAUAUCUCAGAGAAAAUAUAUGAAUGUAAUACUAGGAUCUAAAGCAUUAUUUUUGUAAUUUCUUGUACCAUAUUUUCUUUCACUGAAAUAAUAAUUUUUCUCAAGGUAUAUAGAUUUCAUAAUGUUACAGAUGUGGGGCUUCCUUUGUUUAAAAUUAAAAUAUUUUCUUAUCAGUUCUCUUUAAUCAUCCACAGAUUCAAAUUAAAACCUGUCCUCUUAUUAGCCUGUGGGUUAUAAUUCAGAAUAUAAUUUGUUUGUAACUGGUAAAACUGAACUGAGAUCAACUAUAGAGUUAGUCGUUAUUUUUAUUUUUUUUUUUAAGAAAAAGGAAAUUUAGUGGUGGUGGAACUGAAUUUAUAUUUUACAAUGAAACUUAAUCCAAAAUGUGUCAUGCUUGUCCUUAAUGCUUGCUGUUUUCCUUGUCAGUUGAAGUGAGACAUUCUGUACCUUAUAUUUUUACAUAGCUAAUGUGUUACACAAUUGAAAAUUACCCAUAGAUAAAUUAUAAAAUUUAGUUUUACUUUAAAUUUGUAGAGCCACAAAUAUCAAACAUUUGUGUUUUGGUGUUAAAGUGAGAGAAAGAUUUGUGGACCCCUAUAUACAUAAACUUAAGUCAAUCGUUCCAACUGGCCUGUAAAUUUGGCCUCGGAAAUGGCUCAGAUUAUUUGUAGCCAGUAGUAUUCGCUCAGUCUGCCUACAUAGCAGAUGAGAUGGGGAGACUGAAAUGUAAUUUAUCCAUUCGUAACAACUGCUCAUAACAAAGCCCCCUCAGAAUCAACUUUAAUU